AGAUGGGCGAUAUAUUUCGGAAACUUGACAUUGAAGGAACUUGAAUGUAAAUGUGCGGUGUUGCUGGGAUCUGAGCUAACAGAUUGUGUGCGAACCAGGGCUUUGCUGUGACUAUCUUGGAGGAGGUGUGCGUGUUGCUGGACCCUUCAAGAGCUCUUUGACACCACAGAGCAGCCUGUGCUCUCAGUCCUCACACACACACACACACACACGCUCACACAUACGCUCACAGACGCACACACAGAGAGAGCCCUGGCCACAAAGAGCCCUGGCCCCAGAGAGCGGACGAUAAUCUCUCAAAGAUUGAUGAGGCCCUGCUUCUAGGGUGGAGGUCUGGCCCUCUGUCGAUAAGACAGCUUUCAUUUCACCUCCUCUCCUCCCCUGUUCCCUGGUCCAGAGAGGUGGGGCAACGCCAGCGUGUAAUGGGAGAGGGGCGUCCGACACCAGAGGCCCACUAGGGGUGAAAACAUCAGUGUUUUGGAAGAGACGAGCCCUAAUAUCCUCUGAGCCUCACGGGGAGACACUGGCCAUGUCCUCUUCCUCCUAUCGUCCCCUUGGCUCCCCAGGGAUGCUCCCUGGGACUCCUGCCUAGGCCGCGAGCCAACACAACCAUGUACCUCAGAGAGAGCUGCUGUCGCUGGAACAAGCCCCGCCCCAGGUGCGACACCGUGAGCUGAGAGGAGAGACGGAACGGCACCAUGUGCAACAUUACCUUCUGCAAUGUGGACUCCAAGAUCGACCAGUACUUCCAGCCCACGCUCUACAUCAUCGUCAUCGUCCUCGGACUGCCCGCCAACUGCAUGGCGUUGUGGGCCGCCUAUCUGCAGGUGAGGCAGAGGAACGAGCUGGGAAUCUACCUGAUCAACCUCUCCAUCGCCGACCUCCUCUACAUCUUCACCCUGCCCCUGUGGAUCGACUACUUCCUGCAGCACGACGACUGGAUCCAUGGGCAGGAGUCCUGCAAGCUGUUCGGCUUCAUCUUCUACACCAACAUCUACGUCAGCAUCGCCUUCCUGUGCUGCAUCUCCCUGGACCGCUACCUGGCCGUGGCUCACCCGCUCCGCUUCACCAAAGUCCGCCGGGUCAAGACCGCCCUGCUGGUCAGCGCCGUGGUCUGGGUCAUCGAGGUGGUGGCCAACUCCGCCCCGCUCUUCCACGACGAGCUGUUCCAGGACCGCUUCAACCACACCUUCUGCUUCGAGAAGUACCCCAUGCAAGACUGGGUGGCGGGCAUGAACCUCUACCGUACCUUCCUGGGGUUCCUGGCGCCGUGGGCGGCCAUGCUGGCGGCGUACCGCGGGAUCCUGCGCGCGGUGAGGGGGAACGUGUCGACGGAGCGCCAGGAGAAGGCCAAGAUCAAGCGUCUGGCCCUCAGCCUGCUCCUCAUCGUGCUGCUGUGUUUCGGGCCCUACCACUUCCUGCUCCUGUGGCGGAGCAUCCUGUUCCUCAGGAAGCCGUGCGACUGCGGCGCCGAGGAGGACCUGUUCGCCGCGUACCACGUGGCGCUGGCGCUGACCAGCCUCAACUGCGUGGCCGACCCCAUCCUGUACUGCUUCGUCAACGAGGGGGCGAGGAACGACGUGGGCCGCGCGCUCUCCUCGCUGCUCUCGUGCCUCCACCGCGGCGGGGGCGCGCCGCCCGCCGACGCUCUCAACGCCGGCUCGGUCACCUUGGAAACGCCGCUGGCGGCCAAGAAGCAGACGGCGGUGUACGGUGUGGCGGGCGGGGAGGGGAAGCCGAGCAAGUAUAAGACUGAGCUGGUCGCCCUGAGAGGGGAGUGUCUACAGAUGACUAUACUCAGUGUUAAGAAAUGACCGGAGUGUCCUGCAGGAACGUUCUAGAACAGCACACACACAGUCUGGAGUUUGUGAUGCGCACGCACAGAUCAUGUUACCAUUGACUCAUGUGGGCCUGCUAGACAUAUGGCUCCAGCCCGCAGGACUGUAGACAUAGAAACUGGGGUUUGUUUUGUUUCUUAUGACCAGGGACCAGGAACUGUACUGAUUUGUAAAAAAAAAAAAAAAAAGGAAGUUGUUUUCUUUCUUUUCUUUUUGUUGUCUUUUUUAUUUGAUUUUUUUGUGAAAUGGGAAAAUUAUUGGGAUAUGGUUUUGAGUUGUUGUUGUUUUGGGGCAAAUUGUUGCUUGUACUGUACCUCAUAGUGUAUGAAGAACUGUGAUUGUUAACCCAUGUGUAGGUGAAGAGGAGGAGAGGAUCUGAGGAAUGUGAUCCAAGCAGGACGCAUGUGGACAGGAAGCCUGCUGCCCCGGGGUCACCCCACCCCACAGUGACAGGAGCUGUGAGCGGGUUAGGGCUGGAGCCAGGCCUUUAUAGAGUACGGACCUCGAAUUCAACUCUACGGGACCCAGUUUAAACCUGGUCUAGGAGUAAACUAGUCUGAGGUUGUGUGUUGGUCUGAGAUUAGGUUUAAUCUAUGUCUGGGAAACCACAUGUUUACAUCUCUCCUCCCACCAACUCUAGAUGCCUUGUAACUACCCUGUCUCUCUGUUUCUCUGUAUGUCUGACUGUCUAUCUGACUGUUCCUCUGUAUCUCCGACUGUCUAUCUGACUGUUCCUCUGUAUCUCCGACUGUCUAUCUGACUGUUUCUCUGUGUCUGACUGUCUAUCUGACUGUUCCUCUGUAUGUCUGACUGUCUAUCUGACUGUUUCUCUGUAUGUCUGACUGUCUAUCUGACUGUUUCUCUGUAUGUCUGACUGUCUAUCUGACUGUUCCUCUGUAUGUCUGACUGUCUAUCUGACUGUUUAUCUGUGUGUUUGACUGUCUGUCUGACUGUUCCUCUGUAUGUCCGACUGUCUGUCUGACUGUUUCUUUGUAUGCCCGUCUGUUUGUUUGUUCUCUGAGGAGAGAGAGGCUCAAGGCUACUCUUGGCCUUCUGUUCAACAAUAUCACUGGGAAAUAAACAAUGUGUGUCCUA